UUCAACAUGUACCGGUCCGUUGCCUGUGGAGCUGUAUUACUCACAUUCAUCUCUGUGUUAUGGGGAACCUUCUCAGUGGAAGCUACUGGCCAGCGUGCUCCGCAGAUCCAAAGAGUUGCCUUCUCCGCGGGAAGAACCAGCCACCUGCAUCUUCAAAACGCUACCAACAUCACGUAUGACCGCGUCUUCACAAACAUCGGCAACGGCUACAACAAAACGAGCGGCAUAUUUACGGUCCCAGAGGGCGCUGCUGGAACAUACGUGUUCAUGUUUCACGGACUUGCCCAAAGAAGCGGAAAGUUUUGGUUGGAUCUGUAUAAGAAUUCUGUUUACGUGAUCUCAGCGUAUGCACACACGAGCCACGAGUUUGGGUCGUCGAGCAACGUAGCCGCAAUGGAGCUUCAGGAAGGUGACUACGUCCACAUCCAGGGAAGGGGAGACAAUCUGCUGUUUGGAAAAUCUGAUGAGGUGUACAACACAUUUAAUGGAUACCUGCUGUACCCUGCUAUCCUUCGACCUAAAUAUGGAAUGUCAAAUGUUCUUAAUUAAUUGUUUUUUGGGUUUUUUAAUAACUUUGUGUAUUAAUUAUAGCUAGCUGUACCUGCUAUCCUUCGACCUAAAUAUGGAAUGUCAAAUGUGCUUAAUUAAAAAAAAAUUGUUUUAAUAACUUUGUUUAUUGAUCCAAGCUACAUUAGUUGUACCUGCUAUACUUGGACCAAAAUAUGGAAUGUCAAACAUUGUCAAUUAAAUUUGUUUUGUUUUGGUUUGGUUUCUUAAUAACUUUGUUUAUUAAUUCUAGCUAGUUGUACCCUGCAAUACUUUGACCUAAAUAUGGAAUGUCAAAUGUUCUUAAUUAAAUUUGUGUGGGUUU